AUGGAAGACCCCGAGAAACACAUUAGCGAGUGCGUUGCUGCGGAUGGUGGACACCUGCGCAUAACGAUGCGUGGAAUUGUGAUUAUUGCGACGACAGUACUGGAUAAAAGAACCAAGGUGCGCUUGAUGGAUGUGUACUUCGCAGAAAACCUCGAGAGAAACAUUAUUUUGUAUGGACUAUUGGAGAGUAAAGGGUGUGGAAUAUCAUACCGGGGCGAGUACCGUGUGGUAGCCGCUUUGGACGAAUGUCCAGCUGUUUUUGAUGUGGGAAUACAAAAUAACGUGUUGGUCGUGCGUGCGCAAAAAUGCGAACUAGAUACGACGGGACGUGACGUGCUGAUGUCAGCACUUGCACAACACGAGGAGGACUUCGGACAAGAUGUGCAGAAAGGAUCGCUAAUGCACCUUCAUAAACGGCUUGCGCAUCUUAAUUACGACACCAUAAUUAGGAUCGCCAAGGAUCCCGCAUCAGGAAUACAGCUAACGGAUGAGCUGCGGGCAAACUGGUUGGCUUGCGCCCAAGGGAAACAGAUUAAGAACCCGCAGUCUCGAAAGGACACUGGAAGAAACGCAUCGAUCGACGUGAUUGAAGGCGUUAUAUGCUUCGACUUGAAGGGACCGAUGACUCCACGGGACAGGUUGGGCAACCGCAACAUGGUUAGUUUUAUCGAUCAUCGGACAAACUACUGUCGCGUUUUCUCGGCAAAGUCCAAGGAUGUCGCAGCUCAGAAGUUCAAGCACUUCAUGGCUUUUUUUGAGCGACAAUUCAAUUGUCGCAUUCACGUUUUAAGGACGGACGGUGGAGGAGAAUACAAGACUUUGGAGCUAUUCUGCAAGGACACUGGCAUUGCGCGCCAGGUGAGCGAGCCACGUAAUCAAGCAAGUAACGGAAAAGCGGAGCGAAUGCACCGCACCCUUAUGAACAUGGAGCCCGAGCAAAGCGAAUAUGGGAAGACAGUCACCAUUGCAGAUGCUUACGAAGAGCAUCCCAGGCUUGAGCGACAUUGUGGCUUUGGCUCGCCAUGCACGGUCCAUAGAGAUGCGAGUAACAAGUCGCUGGGGGAGCGUGGAAAACAAGGCAUCAUCAUCGGCAAGAGCGAUGAAAUGAAGAGCUACAGGGUUUAUUUGCCAAGGGAGAAGACCUUCAUCGUCACACAGCACGGUCGAAACGUGGAGAUACUGACCAAGGAGCAGAAUGCGCAGUUACGUCGUGUACAUCUAACGGUGGAAGAUGGAAAAAAUGGCGAGCGUGGCGGUUAUGCGUCGAUGAAUAACCCAUUACCGGCUCCAAGAGAAAAAAGCAAGGGACGAGGACAAAGAAAACCCUGGACGCGCGAUGUGCAAAUGACCAGGACGGCGGCGCAAAAGGCACGCAGAAACGAUGAAGAAAGUAACCGGCCUGGGGAAGAGAUUAAUAGCGUGCGGGAGGAGGACACGAAGAAUUAUGGGCAAGCCAUGAAGAGUGGGCAGAAGGAAAAGUGGCUUACUGCCAUGUCGGAAGAGCUGCAAGCGUUUGAAGACAACGGAGUUUGGUUGGUCGUAGUGCCACCAUAUAAUAGUCACGUGCGGCACACAAAAUGGGUCUAUAAGACCAAAACGGAUGCUGAUGGAGCCAUUGAGCGAUUCAAGGCGAGAUUGGUUGCCUGCGGAAAUGAGCAGGUGUAUGGCGUUGACUACGGUCUUAUGUUUGCUGCUGUUAUGGAGUUGAGCACGGUGAAGGUGAUUCUUGUGCUUGCGUUGCGUUGGGGAGUACCGGCGAGACACGGGGAUAUUCCCAACGCGUACGUGAAGGCUGAUAAAGAAGAUCACUUGGAUAUCUACUUAGCGAUUCCACAGGGGAUGAAGAUUCAAGAUGGGACUCUACGACAAUUUGGCGUACAAGACAAAUCGCAUUUAGCGCUAAAGCUGAAGAAGUCUCUCUAUGAGCUCAAGCAGGCGGGCCGUCUGUGGAGCCAAUUGCUACACACCAGACUGGAGGAGGCUGGAUUAACGCAGUGUGAAACCAAUACGUGCUUGUAUUGUAAGCGCCAGGGAGACGAUGUGACGAUUGUCGGCGUUUCGUGGACGAAUUACUAG